UCCAGGUACCCAGGUACAGUACAUACAAGGUGCAGCUGACUGCAUCUGCUGACAAAAAUAACAUGCUGGACCGUCAACCGGCUCGGUGUCUCUGUCGACGACGCCAUGCUGGCUGGGGUUGGCUCCGAGUGGGUCCGCGUCGAAACAACCCCUCACCAGGCGUCCGAAGAUGCUGAAACCACGCCCAAACCAUCCUCCACAGAAGUUCAGAACAAGCCACCAACCGCAACAGAGCACCUGCCCCGGCGGCUCUUGCCAGUCGCGCGCUCAACCCCAGUCUGUGUUUCGAGCCCGAGCGAGCGAGCACUUUUUCCAGAAUCCCGUCAACACAUCACCCGCCGCCACUGCCACCCACCCACGCUCCUCGCCUCGCCCGCCGAAUCGCACGACCACGCGUCCUGCAGCUGGUGUCGUCAUCUCUCAGGGUCGUGCUCAGCCUGCAGUCGUCACCCCCGAGACCGACAGCCUCCUCCCUGGUGCUGCGUGGAGAUGAUGAUCCCCCCCAAGGACAAUCAACGCCUCACAGUCUGGACAGUCUGACAUUCUGGCCGACCUGCAAGACCAGGCGACAGUUGUCCGACACCUACAAUUGAUCAAUGCACACUGCACUGCACUGCACUUCAAUGCCGUGUUCUUGUCCUGAAGAUGGGCCAAGGCAGCUCUCGGAUCACUGUUCCGUUUCUGCUUCGUCCGAAUGCGCCUCUCGGCCAUCGCGACUGGCUCUCGGUGUGUGGGCGCCCGGCUCUGCGUUGCCUUUGCCUAGAAGCCCGGGAGGAUCAUUUGGCAGAUCAAUGGUGAUCACCCAUCCAUGCUGCCAUGCUGCUUGAGUCCUGCAGGCACAGCGGGCUCGAGCAGACAAACAGACAUGCAGCAGUUAAGCCUCGCCGCCUUGGGCAGAUCUGCGCAUCCCGGCCGCUGAUUCUACGCCUACAACGCCCCUGAAACGGCCACUGAACCAGUCCUGUGCCGCUGUUCCGCCAAGAGCCAAGAGCCAAGAUGCAAGAUCCGCCGUCUAAGCCAGCGCCAACUCAGAUCUGGCUACGAACCACCGUCCGAGGAAACGUGGUAAACGAAACUAACGCCACCCACGCCUGCUGGCCUGGGCUGCCUGGGAACGUAGACUCCCGGUGGGCUGUGCAGCUCAGGACCAACAGCUGGGCAGCUUUGAUUCAAUAUUGCUGGCUGCCGCUUGCACCAGCCUCAUCUUCGUCCAGUCUCUCCGUCUCUCCGUCUCCGACACCAUAGGAGUCGGGCUACAAUUUGUCAAAUAUCGUCCUCCCAUCAGUGCCGUGCCCGUCCCAUCCGCAGCAACUUCUAUUCGGGUAAUCCACCCACCUGGGCAAUCUGGGGCCGGUUGCUGGGCUCCCGAGGACCGCCUCCUCAGGUCGUCCAACCACCAGCCAAUUAUCAGCAUGAAAGCUUGUCCAGCACUGGCAUCCUGGGCACCCGCAGUCAACCGAUUGUUUUUUCUGAUGUCGACAAAUCUUCCUACGCUGUCAACGUUUGAGCUCGCCACGCGAAACGGGAUCAGUCCCAAGCCGGCACUCCAGAGUCUGGUUCUCAUCAAGCACCCCAAGCCCGUCAAUGGCGGGCCAUACUGGGAUGCUGGCGGUUUGCCAGGCACCGCUCAUCAGAUGUCAGUCAGGUCAUCCAUCGGCUGCACGCCCAUGGGCCAGCUCGACAGGCCCCCUCGCAGCCUGCCAUCAAUCAAAACUACCCUCAACCCCCCCUCCCAAUUAGUCCAAACACAGCCUGUUUGUUUUCCCACAGGCUGCAGCAGGCUUACCAUGGAUCAUUUGCCCUGGGCUCAUCUUACAUGAUACAGGAGGCAGGUCUGGAAGCCGUGGGUUCUGGUGUAGAGCUGGUCGAUUUUGCCGCUGGCCGCCUCGGCCGCUGAUUCGUGCAUGCCAAAAGGUGCGGUGCGAGCGACGGAAACCUUCCCAGACAAGCCACUGGCGGCCCGAUGGGGAAAAGGCUGAGCUGGACGUUGACUUAGCCUGCUCAGACGGACCCCAAUGUUGCAGAACAUGGCAUGAGGCUCCAGUCAAUCCCUGCAGAUGCGGCUCCUGGAUCGCCGCACCACCUUGGUCCACACCCAUGGGUGUCCCCCGGAUCUUGCUGGGGUCUGCCUCACUGUUUCUCCACCGCCAUGCCACAGACGCCGUCUUGGAUCGGCCUCAAAAUGCAACUGUGCGCGUCUGGCCCGCUGCCACCCUCGGGCUGAGCUUUCGCCAAUGAUGCUUGUCGAUGCUUGUACCUCUGCGCCAAGGGGGGCAAGCGGGUACGUAACCUUUGACCCCCUGUUUCCAGGGUGCCUGUUCCUGACGUGCCCUCACUCCCAUAUUCCCGUAUUCACCACCCCGACUUCACGACAGCCAUGACCAUGUCUCGGGUCUGAGCUCCUAGCCUUUCAACCCUUCUUAAGGUUCGUCUUUCUCGGGACUACUGUUCCUUUUCUCUCUCCUUCGUCAGCAGAGCUCGACUGGUUUAUCUACUUCGAUAUUCCUCUCCCCUUUCCCUCCAUACCUUUCCCUUUCUCACAUCCUUUCUUUGCCCAGUCUGUCUCACAUUCUUUGUUCGAGGUAUCGAGCAGGAGUAGGAAGAUUUCGGGUCUGAGCUGUCUCAUUCCCUCCUCCCUGCGUUUUUAUUUCUCCCUAACCACCUGGUGUGGCCUUUUCUUCGUUAAUUCUAUUCUCCAUCCCUCUCCCUCCAUACAGACGCCAAGAUGCAGUCGUUCAUCAGAGCCUUUCUCUUUCUAGGCCUCCUCGCCGCUCUGGUCGCGGCAGCGCCGUCACCUAAGCUCCAGAAGCGAGGAGUCUUCAAGGUCGAGCGGGUAGCAAACCCCAGCUUUGCAGGGCACAAUGGACCCAAGCAGCUGCUCAAGUCGCUGAGGAAAUACCGCAUGAACAUCCCACCAGGGCUGAUGGACUCGAUUCGCAACCAGGGCGCAACCGCUGACAAGCUCACCAACAGCGCCGCCGCCGUCAGCUCCGGCCCAGCACCAGCAAAGAUGGCGCCGAUGGCCAGCGUCAACGCCGCCAACGCCACCUCCAACGCCGCCAACGGAACUGCAGGUGUUGGUCUUGUGGCGGCCACCCCAGAGAAGGGCGACGUCGAAUAUCUGUCGCCCGUCACCAUCGGUGGACAGACCCUGAACCUUGACUUCGACUCUGGCUCAUCCGACCUCUGGAUCUUCAACACCCAGCUUGCUGCCCAGUCCACCGUCGGCCACACCCUGUACGACCCCACCAAGUCCAAGUCCCUGAAGAUGGUCCAGGGUGCUUCCUUCUCCAUCAGCUAUGGUGACGGUUCUGGGGCGGCUGGCAAUGUCGGAACUGACACUGUCGACAUUGGUGGUGUCACCGUGACCGAGCAGGCCAUUGAGAUGGCCACUGCCGUGUCUCAGUCCUUCACUGAGGAUGCCAACAACAACGGUCUCGUUGGCCUGGCCUUCAGCAAGCUGAACACCGUCAAGCCCCAGCAGCAGAAGACAUUCUUCGACAAUGUCAUGCCAUCGCUCGCUGAGCCCGUCUUCACCGCCGACCUCCGCAAGGCCGCCGCGGGUUCCUACGAGUUUGGCCGUGUCGACACCACCAAGUUCAACGGCACCAUGACCUGGGUCCCAGUCAACACCACCCAGGGCUUCUGGCAGUUCCCCUCACAGAUGUUCGCCGUCGGCAACGGUGCACCAACCAUGGGCCAGCCCGGCUUCCAGGCCAUCGCUGACACCGGCACCACCCUCAUCAUCACCAACCCCACCGUUGUCCAGGGCUACUACUCGCAAGUUCCCGGUGCCGUCAACGACGCCCAGGUCGGAGGUGUUACCGUCCCUUGCGACGCCCAGCUCCCCGAUCUGAUGAUGCAAGUUGGCGACAACUUCAUGGCUCGUGUCAAGGGCUCUGACAUCAACUUUGCUCAGGUCCAAGGAAACACUUGCUUUGGUGGUGUCCAGGCCUCCCAGGGCAACCUCGGCAUCUACGGUGACAUUUUCUUCAAGUCCCAGUUCGUCGCCUUCAACGGUGGCAACAACUCGCUCGGCCUGGCCGAGCACCAGUAAAUAAUGGGCGGUGGUGUAGGGUAGGACCAACAUGUGUCAUCAAUCGAGCGUUUCAAGAUCAUCAUUAUUUCCUACUAGUCUUUCUCCGAUGAAGAAUCAGGACAUACCAUUCCAUCCUUUGUGUACAUAACUGGAAGAAAACAGUUUACAGGAUGAGAAAAAGACCACAAAAGACCCCCUCAGGGAGGGAGGCAGGCUCGGCAGACGGCAGAUGGGCUGGGCUGGGCACGAGCGGUACUCGAUGCCUGAUCAGCAUAUUUACGAGACUUGGUCAAUAGAAACAAACAGAAUCAGAAUCAUAAAAAUGAUUAACUCGAA